AUGGAUUCCAAGCCCCAAGCCCCGCCGUCGGAGGGCGCGGCGUACCCGCGCAUGUCCCCGGAGGACCUCGCGCCGCCGCCGCCGCCGGUCGUGGCGCCCGCGGGCUCCAACCCCUACGUGCUGUCCUCGCCCUCCUCCGGACCGCCCGCCAAGAGUGCAGUGAAAACUGGGCCUAGCAUUACGGAUGCUGCAAUGGGGAGGAUCGCUCAGGUAUCCAAGGUCAUAUCGGAAGGGGGAUACGACAAGAUAUUCCAGCAGACGUUUGAGUGCUUGCCUGACGAGAAGCUCAAGAAGGCGUACGCGUGCUACCUCUCGACCUCUCAUGGUCCGAUAAUGGGCGUCUUAUACGUCUCCACCGCCAAGCUUGCAUUCUGUAGUGACAGCCCCGUGGCAUAUGUCACUGAGGAUAAUCAGACCGCGUCAGCCAUUUACAAGAUAGUUGUACCUGUACCUCACCUGAGAUCAGUCACUCCUACCGCAAGUCAACAGAACCCUGCGGAGAGGUACAUCCAGGUCGUUUCUGUCGAUAACCAUGACUUCUGGUUCAUGGGCUUCGUGAACUAUGACAGCGCUGUGAAGUGUCUCCAGGAUGCUGCUCGUGGUGGCGCCUAG